AACUGAGCCCCAGCUGUGGGCAUGAACAAAUGUGCGGAUGGAGCCUGGUGACCUGGUCCUGGUGCAUGGCUUGACCUCCGAGGCGGGCCAAUCACUGAAUGGUCAGUUGGCCAAAGUGACUCAGCUUGCCAACGAAUCCGGACGCUUGGAGGUCUCCAUCGGAGGUUCGCGGUUGCUGCGAUUGAAGCCCGAGAAUUUGCAGCUUGCAGAGGAGGUGGAUGAUUCGCAGUGGGCACCUGGCGACCAGGCCAGAGUGGUGGGACUCCACGAUGGUUCCGGGGGCGAAGAGCUCCAAAAGCUCAACAGCUCCCUGGCUCUCCUCCAGGGGCGGAUUUUGAAGGGCAAAUGGUUGGUGAAGGUGCAGAAGAAGGUCUACACCGUGCGCUGCAGAAAUUUGAGAGUUUGCACCGAGUCGGAGAGCGCUCGCUGGGGCAUUCUGGGCCCUUGCCCAUGGCUCACUGGUGCUGCUGCGCUCGCAACGGCCUUGGUUCUGAUUGGAACCGAACUCUCUGUGCGCCGGGUGCGUCAGCUGCAUGGCGCGGAGAAAGCGCCGGGCCUGGCUGUGGCGGCGCUGCCCAUGCUGGCCGUCUUGGGUUCCUUCUCCUGGAUUGUGGGCACAGUGGCUGGGUGCUAUGUGAUGCACGAGUCGUUACAAGACCCAGAGGUGCGGUUUCCACAAAUCUCCGAAUUGGCCGUGGGGCCCGCGGCAGCGAAGAUGCUUUACAGGGUCGGCUUCGCCAGCGCGGCGAUGCUCCUGGCGGCGGUGGUGCAGAUGCAUUCGGAGCUGGCGCUGCCACAGCUACCGGGAGGGCAAAAUGGUGACGAUGGAGAAAGCUUCACUUUUUACGGCUUCAUCGCCGCCCUGGGUGUGGGCUUGCAGGGUGUGGCCCUGCUGGAACCAGACUUGUCCUUACAGACCUUGGCACACCUUGGAGGUGCCUUGGCCUUUUUCUAUGGUGCCUGUUGUCAUAUGGGCGCGGCACAGAAGCUCUACCUGCCUACGGUGCCCGCCGAGGACAGCCCAGGCUAUCAAGAGGCCCUAGAUGCCUUGGAAGCUGCAGAGGAGUCGAAGCUGCUGAACCUUCCUGUGGUUCACUUUCUUGUCUUGCUUCGGCACAAGGUGUUGAUGCGUGGCCCCAUCUUGAUCUUCCUUGCGCCCAUCAUUUCGCAGUUCAUGGAGCGCACCGAGAGUUCCAGCGGUGGCCAGUCGCCCAGGAUUCGCAGCUUGAUGGGCUUGGUUCAGUGGUUGGUGGUGCUGAACUUUGCUUUGAUCUUCGUUUCCUAUGGCCCGGAGUUGUCAGCUGCAGCUUUCCUGACCCUGCCAGAUGAUUGAUGGCUUCUUCAUGUUGUGACAGAAGAUAGCAGUAGAUGAUGCUUCGAAUAUUCUUAUUGGAGAAACACCAGAUUUACACUGUGACAUUGGCGAAGCGAGCCCAAAGUGGCUCCGAAACUGGCGCAGUCACAGCAUUGGUUUGCUGGUGGUGUGAGUCAGACAAAGCUUCCGACCACAAGCACACUGGCGACGAUCCCAAAGCACCUGAAAAAGGCUGAUAAGUUUUUUUGAUCCC